GGACUAAUCCUUUGGGACGUAGAUGUAGCAUCGCGAGAGGUAUCGCAGACAUCGUUUUCGCUCGGACGGUCGUGGCUUUAUCACGUACAUCCACUUGUUCGAUCAUCUUUCGUCGUUUACUUAUAGGGGUGGUGGCACUUAGCAUUACGUUGUCCGCACGUGGAACACGCGAAGUAACGUAGCCCCAACAAUACUCAUCAUUCAUUUCUCGUCUACGAGGUAGUCGCGUGUGCGCGCGCGUGUACGGAGAGUGCCGUUUAGGCUGCUGAACGUCCAUCGUCGUCAUCGCCGUCUGCCAGGAAAAGAUGUUCCAGCCGAAGAGUAUCCACGACAUGAUAAUGCCGCUGACCGUGGCGAACUUCGUCCUCGGGAUGAGCAUCUGGUCCAGUAAGCCGCGCGGCAAGAUCUUGAACAUCAUGUACUCUUUGUUCUGCCUGGUGCUCUACUGCGUCCUGAUGAGACUCUCGAUGUUGUACUUGGGAGCCUACAACGUGCACAAGGCGAACUCGCUCGGCGACAUUACGUUCCAAGCGAUGUUCUACGUUAACAUCAUUCUGACGCUGUGUAUCAUUCCCACCGGAUGGUGGAACGGAAAGCAUAUGCAGGCGGCAUUGACGCGCAUACUGAUGUGCGAGAAGGCCGUACAAGAGAUAGGGAUACAGAAGAACUAUCGAAGACUUUACUUGCGUCAGAUUUACGGCUUAGUGUCCAUCGCGCUGAUGUUCACCGUAUUCUUGGUGAUCAACUGUAAAAGUUUAUAUCCGCUGAAUACACCCCUGUACGCUAAGAUCAUCCUCAUAGCCGCCACGCACUAUCCUAUCGCCCUAAUGUACAUAAGUGACGUGUCGUUUCUUCACUGGGUGAGGUACUCGAAGAUCCGAUUCGAACAGCUGAACAACGUGCUGCAGCGCAUGUUAACGACCACCGCCGACUCGCCGCAGCACAAGAGGGUGCUGAAGAUGAACGACGAAUGGAGCAAGACCUUCAUCACAUCCGCGUCGCAGCAGCGAAAUCGCAGGACCAAGGAUAACACCGACACGAUGAGGGCUGUCAAGCAAGUUCAUCUUGAGCUGGUCAAGGCUUCCAGGACGACGAACGAAGCGUACGGCCUGCAGAUUCUCUUCUCGAUGACGAUAUCGUUCGUAUUCAUCACCACUCUUCUCUACUACGCUUACACCAUAUUGUGGCUAGAUCUGAGCAAGGAAGAGUUCCAGCUGGAGAUGAUGCCGAUCGUCGGCUGGGUCAUAUUCUAUUCGUCGAAGGUCCUCGUUAUAAAUCACGCAUGCUCCUUGACGAGCGCCGAGGCUGCGAGCACGGGUGAUAUCAUUUGCGAGCUGUACGAGCCAGCGACCAGUAGAGAAUUUCGCGCGGAGAUACGGGACUUUACUCUACAGCUCAUACAGAACCCGUUGAUCUUUACGGCCUGUGGAUUCUUCACACUGGAUCAUACGUUCAUUCACGGGGUCAUUGGCUCGGUCACCACCUAUCUCGUGAUACUCAUCCAAGUCGGAGACCUGUCGCCGAACGACAACUCCACCAUGCUAUACAGUAACGCAACGAAUUUUUCGACGUUUAACACUCUCACAGCUGAUGUUUAUCUGUGAGCACGAAUCUUUCUGUACGUGAAUCCUGAAACUCAAAAGUCCAUGUGAUCGUUUACGCAAGGUACGUACUACACAUACUACACACUCGUGUGCACUCGUUGAUGCGAAGGCGAGAAGAAACGCUGGCUUUUACGUCAAGAGCUGCAUCUUACAUGCACAAAAAUAAUGUACUAGCAACUUGAAGCGUCAUUUAAUAAAGCGUUACGGUAUAUUUUUUUCUACAAA